UUGCGCCUCAUGAUUACUCGCUAGGUGACGAAGUAAAGGUGUAUGUCAACUCGCUCACUCCGUUGAUGGGAAGUCAACAGCUUAAAUCCUUGAUUCCAUAUGACUAUUAUUAUAAACCUUUCCACUUUUGUGCACCAGAAAACCCACAAAGUCAAUCGGAAUCCUUGGGUAGUAUUUUGUUUGGUGACCGUAUUUUUGACUCAAAAUAUAAGCUUAGAAUGCUUCAACAAAAUGGAACCUGCCAAUACCUUUGUAACGUAACAGUUCCCAGCGAAGACGCUGCAUUCAUCAAUGCGCGAAUUAGAGAGAAUUAUGCGAUUAAUUGGCUCAUAGAUGGACUUCCUGCUGCUAGCAAAAAAUUAGACGUGAAAGCUAAAACGAUAUUCAAUAGCAUUGGAUUCGAAUUAGGUGAUUCAAUGGCUUCUUUCAUUAAUCCCCCAUUACACAAUCAUUACGAUAUCGAAAUUCAAUAUCAUAAGCAAGAUGGUCUAAAUAAAUAUCGUGUCGUUGGUGUGAUCGUUUCCCCUACCAGCAAUAAAUAUGACACGGAAGACAGUGCAAAGAGUUGUGCUACUACUAGUGAACGUUUAAUUUUGGAUGAGAAGAAGGAUAAUUUUGUGCAUUACACUUAUAGAGUCGUGUGGACUGUGC